AUGAUCGGCAGCCUGGAUAAUGGCGGAUCGCCGAUUCUCGGUUCGCCCUUCUCUCGGUUCGGGCAUGACGGGAGACAGACCGGCUUCGAAGGAGUCUCGGCGGCAUGGAAGCCCUCGCCGCGCAGGGACUGGCCAGGCGAGGAACCCGGUAACCGCACCAAAAGUCCCGAGCGACGGUGUCUCGGUGCGCGGCCGGUGGGAUCUGUGACUCGAGGCUCGCCUAGGGAAUUCAGGCGGCACUUGAUGCAGUGGAAGAGGGCGAGUCCACUUGCUUCCACGCCUUUCCACAAGGCACCGGCGGGCAUGCGGGCGGUCACAGAGGAGGAAUCGAAACGAAGGACAGUUGUUCGGUCGCUCGAUCACCCAGAGUCCGACUGGGAGUGGGGACCAGCGCACAGACUUGCGACGCGCGGCGAAGACGUGGCAGAGCGUGAAGGCCGCACCACUGCGAAGCAUCCAUCCUGCAUUUCAAGAAGAAAGGAUCGUCGACGCGAAGAACCUGGAAGGGAACUGAGAGAAGAGAGAACCGAAGGUCUGCGGCUUUCUCCGCAAACGGCUUGCCUUGCGGAACAGAGAGACCCGAGACAGGGCGGAAAGCCCUUUGUCCCUGCCAAAGUCGAAGCAGCGCGCGGCCGCACCUUUCCGGUCGAAGAGGAAACACCUUUCCUCGAACCCGAAGAGGCUAUCCGGCGAAAGUGGAGCGAUUUGAGGAGGCAGCACCAUGAGAGGCACAAGGGCGGAGGCCGGACCCUCGUCCUUGGGAUUGAGACAUCCUGCGACGACACAUGUGUCGGAAUCGUCGAAGGGGAGAGCGGCCGAAUUCUGGCAAACGUGUGCACCCCGCAGCCCGAGCUCCUCAUCAAAUACGGAGGUGUUCACCCGUCCGAAGCCGCUGCGGCACACGACAGGCGCAUGCGAUCUGUUGUGAGGAAUGCUCUUCAGGAGGCUGGUGUCUCGCUGCUCGAUAUCGACAUCAUUGCCUUCACGCGAGGGCCGGGGAUCGUUCCGUGUCUCUCGGUUGGCGCUUCCGCGGCUCUGGAGAUUGCGGGCGAGCUGACCGAGGCGUGGGCAGAUGCGGAGGCGAAGCUGUUCGCGAAUCCGUCGAGCGUUUCGUCGUUGUCUGACGACGCGUCCUCUCUCGCGCGGGCGCCAUCGGUAGUGGCGGAGAACGGCGGUAGCCUCCGAGAUUCUGUGAGGAAACAAGCACGGAGCGGUUACCGCGUAGUCGACUCCGUGGCAGCCGAAGACCCGAAGCAGCGGACCUCAACAGAAACGGAGCGGAGAGAGGCCCAUGAAGCCUUGGAAGGAACACAAGUCACUGGAGAGAGACCGGAGAAUGCUGGGGACCUUGAUCCGGAGGCAGGACGCGAACUUUCUUGGCUGUCAAAAGAAGAGAGAGAUGCCAUGUUACGACGCCUGGCUUCCGACAACGCACCGGAAUGGCAGGCAGACGAGAAGUUGUCUCGAGGACGGCCUCCACUCGUGGUGGCCGUCAAUCACCUUCACGGGCACCUUCUCUCUGCGGGAAGAGACACACAAGCGAAAGAUGCUUCAGGCAGAGAGGACCCUAUCUGUUCUCCCGCAUGCUAUUUGCCUCCGACGUUUCUUGCCCUCCUUGUUUCUGGAGGGCACACCUUCUCGUGCGUGGUGAAAGCGUGCGAGGAAAACCACCUUCACCUGCGCCCGAAACUCUUCCUCGUCCCUACCAGAGGUCGUCGGAACAGAUCCGGUGGCCAUCCACGAGGAGGAGACAUCUCAGGCGAGGCAAGCGAAAAAGGACACGACACGGAAACCAAAGAAAAGAACGGCAAGGGAGAAGAAGGCGUGGAACGCGCUGAAGAGAUCAAGGUGCACAGUGACACGGGGGUGGAGCGCAUUCAAGGACAAUCAAGAGAGAGCCUGCGUGGCCCGAGUCAUAGAGUGGAGACGCCAGGAAAGGGAGGGCCAGAGCGGAAGGACAGCGGGUAUGCGCCAGGAAUGAGGCGAGGGGAGACGAAUGGACACGACGCGGAAGAACGUGAAGCUGCCACACGCAGGCGUGACCCAGAAGGAAGCGACGAACCUGGGAACGUUUCCCGGGACGCUCUCGUGGAAGUCUGGGGAACCUGGGAGGACCCGGAAGCGGCCAACCCCGAUGGGUGUGUCAGCGGCCUCCAGUGUAUCUACACUGGCCAGACGGAAGACGACGCUGUCGGUGAGGCGAUCGACAAGUCCAUGCGCUGUCUGAAGACGGCUGCCUCUUCCUCGCCGCCCGCGCCCCGUUCGUCCUCCGCGGCUGGUUUCCGCUCUUCCGCUGCGCCUUCGCUUGGCUUUCCGACCGUGCUUCUGACUGCGUCUCCUUCCUCGCCCUCGCCCUCUCUCUGUCCACGUGCCUCGCCGUUGCGUCCCGCUCACUCGAGCGACACCGACGCGUCCCGAGAGUCGUCGCCCGGGGCACGUGGGGCCACAGCCGAGAGUCGAGGCAUUUGUGAUGACAACGAAGGCGCUCCCGGUUCCCGUGGAAGCACCAGCCGCGAGGCGGCUCGGACUGGACGAGGCGCGGGACUGGAGGGGCGUCACGGCGGAGCGUUGAUGGAGGAGAUGGCGGCUGCCGGAAAUGCCUCGGUCCCUCUUCCAAACAUGCUCUGCCUGAAGCCCAAGACCCUGAACUUUAGUUUCUCGGGCUUGAAAUCUGCGUUCGCGACGGCGGUGUCCAAAGCAGCGCAGCUAAAAGACGACGAGCAAGGACAGUGUGACUUCGCAGCUUCUCUGCAAGCAGCCGUUUUCAAGCAUCUCGAGGAUCAACUGAGAAAGACCAUGUGGCUGUAUGAAUUCCUCGACAACUUCCCGCGGAGCCUCGCCGUCGUCGGAGAAGCACUACGCGACGCCCCCCCCUCGGAGGCUCCAGUUAGUCGACCAGCGGGGAAGCAGCUGGCCCGAAGAAGUCAUAUUUGCAAGGGACGCAUGCAGACAGAAGCUGCCACAGACAGAGAAGCUUGUCGUGUCGGGUCAGAGAAGAACCCCCCGGACCGCGGUCACAGAGAAGAUCGGGACGAAGGGGGAGGGGCACAGGCGCUUGAGGCGAACACGCAGCAGCAACAACUCCAGAAGCUACGCGACGGGGCUGAAGGCAAUUUUGUAUGUUCACCCGAUGGAAGUGGCGAAGAGAUUCGUAAUUUGAAAGUGAUCGUUGCGAAAAGCAACGAUAAGAAACUCGUUACCCCAAAGUGGCUAGGUGGGAUAUCACUGUGUGCUGAUGACCUCCUCUCGAAGGUCGAAUUCCUGAUUCUCGAUUGGAUUGUGAAGAGUAAAGUGAUGCCGUAG